CCCUCCAGCAGCGCCAUGGCCCUCUCUGUGCGAACCUCUGGGCUGCCUCAGUGGCUGUCCUCCCAGAGUGGGGCCCCGGGCAGAGCCAGGGGCAUGUCUGCCUCGAGCAUCGGCAGCAGCUACGGGGGCAGUGCCUUUGGCUUCGGAGGCAACUCUGGGGGAGGCCUCUCUGCCACGUCCAUGUUCGGUUCCAGUGCUGGCUUUGGUUCUAGCUCUGGCUUUGGUUCCAGUUCUGGCUUUGGUUCCAGUGCUGGUGUUGGGGGCGUCUGCGGGAGCUCCUUUGCAGGAGGACUGGGCGCUGGUUAUGGAGGAGCUGGCGGAGGGGGCUUUGGAGGCCUGGGGAUUGGAUUCGGAGGAGGCUCGGGAGGGGGCUCUCUAGGGAUUCUCUCUGGCAUCGAUGGAGGUCUUAUUUCUGGAUCAGAAAAGGAAACCAUGAAAAAUCUUAACGACAGAUUGGCUUCCUAUCUGGAUAAGGUUCGGGCUCUAGAGGAGGCCAACACUGAUCUAGAAACCAAAAUUCGAGAAUGGUAUGAAACACGAGGCUCUGGGACUGGAGACCCCGGGUCACAGAAUGACUACAGUAAAUAUUAUCCGUUGAUUGAAGACCUCAGGAAUAAGAUCAUUUCUGCCAACAUCGCAAAUGCCCAGCUCAUCUUGCAGAUCGACAAUGCAAGACUGGCUGCCGAUGACUUCAGAAUGAAAUAUGAAAACGAGCUGGCCCUGUGUCAGAAUGUGGAGGCCGACAUCAACGGCCUGCGCAGGGUGCUGGAUGAGCUGACCCUGGCCAGAGCUGACCUGGAGACACAGAUUGAGACCCUGAAUGAGGAGCUGGCCUACCUGAAGAAGAACCACGAGGAGGAGCUCCAAAGCUGCCGGGCCGGCGGCCCAGGCCAGGUCAGCGUAGAAAUGGACGCUGCCCCCGGAGUGGACCUCACCAGGCUCCUCAACGACAUGCGGGCGCAGUAUGAAACCAUCGCUGAGCAGAACCGGAAGGAUGCCGAGGCCUGGUUCAUUGAAAAGAGCGGGGAGCUCAGGAAGGAGAUCAGCAGCAACACGGAACAGCUUCAGUCCAGCAAGAGCGAGGUCACCGACCUGCGGCGCGCGCUUCAAAACCUGGAAAUCGAGCUCCAGUCCCAGCUCGCCAUGAAAAAAUCCCUGGAGGACUCGCUGGCUGAAACCGAGGGCGACUACUGCGGCCAGCUGUCCCAGGUGCAGCAGCUCAUCGGCAGCCUGGAGGAGCAGCUGCUGCAGGUGCGCGCCGACGCCGAGCGCCAGAGCGCAGACUACCAGCGGCUGCUGAACGUCAAGGCCCGCCUGGAGCUGGAAAUCGAGACCUACCGCCGCCUGCUGGACGGCGAGGCCCAAGGUGACUGUUUGGUGGAAAGUUCAUAUGUGACAGCCUCCACAUCUCAAGCACCAUCAACUGAUUCCUCUAAAGACCCUAACAAAGCCCGGAAAAUCAAGACAAUUGUGCAGGAAGUGGUGAAUGGUGAGGUGGUCUCAUCCCAAGUUCAGGAAAUUGAAGAACUGAUGUAAAAUUUCACAAGAUCUGCCCCAUGAUUAGUUCCUUAGGACCAAGAAAUUUAUAAGUAGAAAUUAUUCCUUUUAGAGUAAGAUGAUAUAUUAGUUCAAUCUCUGCUUCUGUUUGUUUCAUUUUCUUUGGAUUCCCUAUUCACUUUGA